GUACGUAUACAAUACAAUCUGUCGAGAUCAGAGCUAGCCAGGUCAACCGUGCCACAAGAGAACGCCAGGCCAGUCAGUCCGGCCAACAAACAACACGCCUCGCUUCCUCCUCCUCCUAGCAUCCAUCCGAUUCCGAGCUCGCAACAAACCAACGAUUAGCCAUAUACAUCUCCGCCGCAGCUAGCUCGUCGUCGUCACACGCACAGGUGAUAGACACGCUGAUCUCGAGCUCGCAGCGUCCACGAUCCAGGUCAGAACUCCAUUGGAGCCAGCCAGCUCUUCUUUCCAUAGACCUAGGAUGGCCGCCAUAGGCGCCUUCUUCUCGGGACAGGUCAACCGCGUCAAGGACGUGGCCAACCAGCAGCAGGCGCUGACCAGGCGCCAAUCCGCCUCGGGCCAGGACUUCCCGGGGUCGGGGCACCGCCCGGCCGACCGCAAGACGUGGAUGGCGGAGCUGGGGCCGGAGCGGCUGCGCGUGCACCAGGUGGUGUGGCCAGGCACCCACAACUCCGCCACCGCCGAGAUCGGCGUCCCCUUCGUCACCCGCCCCUUCGCGCAGUGCCAGUCGCUCUCCGUCUACCACCAGCUCGCCACGGGCUGCCGCCUCCUCGACGUCCGCGUGCAGAAGGACCGCCGCGUCUGCCACGGCCCGCUCGUCGCGAGCUACACCGUCGACGUCGUCAUCGACGACGUGCGGCGCUUCCUGUCCGAGACCGCCUCAGAGGUGCUCGUCCUCGAGGUGCGCACCGAGUUCGGCCACGAGGACCCGCCGGAGUUCGCCAAGUACCUCGUGGAGCGGCUGGGCGAGCACCUGAUCCCGCAGGACGAGGCAGUGUUCCGCAAGACCAUAGCCGAGCUGCUGCCGCGGCGGGUGAUCUGCGUGUGGAAGCCGCGCAACUCGCCGGCGCCGGCGCGCGGCGGGCCGCUGUGGAGCGGCGGGUACCUGAGGGACAACUGGAUCAACACGGACCUGCCGGAGAAGAAGUUCGACGGCAACCUCGCGUCCCUAGCGCAGCAGCCCGACCCGGCGGCCGCACGGAGGUUCCUCUACCGGGUGGAGAACACGCUGACGCCGCAGACCGACAACCCGGUGCUGCUCGUCGAGCCGGUCACGCGGCGCAUCCACCGCUUCGCGCGCUUCUUCAUCGCCCAGGCCUUCGCCAGGGGCCUCGGCGGCAAGCUGCAGGUCUUCUCCACCGACUUCAUCGACGGCGACUUCGUCGACGCCUGCGCCGGCGUCACCAAGGCCCGCGUCGACGGCGCCGCGUGAGAGUCAAAGGCAUGCAUGGGGUAGGCCGGGGCGGCUACGCAGGGUGUGGUAAAUUUCUAGUGUGUUGGCGUGAUGGCGUCCAUCUGAACGUGAUGCCGUAUUGCCCUUGUAUGUUCUUGUUUGUGUGUACAUAGUGAAGCGAUGAUGAACUAUGUGUCGACUCUUCUUUUGUUUACAAA